AUGUUCUCUUCGAUUGGCCUGUUCAAACACAUUGAUUGCCCUGAGCAUCCGCACUGCUCCCUCUCGAACUGCAUCUUUGCGCAUCGUAGUGUCUCGGAAGUUGCGCCAGCGACUGUAUCUCUGUCAGAGGGAAGACUAGGAGAAGCGGACAUUGACCAGAAUGGGCCUCGCAAGAGGCGGCGGCUUACUCUUCCGGUCACAGCAUCGAGGGAAAUCCCCCCACCAGCUCGAGGAGUGCAAACUAAAGCUGUUGAAAACGGCCCGGCGUCUCUGAACGAGUCCUCUACCAGCCCAAAGCCUGAAAUUACAUCGCUACCAGCUAAGACUGUCCAAGUGUCUCUCAACCCGAAGAUGAUAAAAAAUCCGCCAGCCGCUCACGGAGUCCGUAUACAACUUAUCACCAUGAUUCACGAGCAAAUGGUCCGGCUUAACGAGGAGGUUCAAGAUUCGUCACAAAAUGUGCUUAGACUCUCUCCUCAAGAGCUGAUCAUUGGAGCUCUGGAAGAGGAGGAGAGUAUAGCCAAGCAAAAUCCAGCGGUCUAUCUGAACAUCAUCAAAUUGCGAAUCACUAAAUUGAAGAAGAUGAAACUCGCUGAGUGGAAGGAAGAGAGACUGAAGCAGAUUGCCAAACGCGCGCCGGUUGAGCUGGUUGCCAGGACCGAAAGUACUCCCAAAAUCAUCGAGACAGGCCUAUCUUCCUCCCAAGAAAUCGCCUUUUUGUCUAAGCUCCUCGCAAAACAAGGUGACUUGGCUCGGCAUGGAUAUGUUCCUUAUGCACUAAGUGAUGAAGAGAUUGCGCAGGCUCGUUUAGGGGUCGAAGCAGCCCAAGGCUGGGAGCAGUGUGACAGAUGUAAAAAUCGUUUCCAAGUCUUCCCAGGGAGAAGAGAGGAAGAUGGAGCUUUGACUUCUGGAGGCACGUGCACGUACCAUCCUGCGAAGCCUCGAAGGCCACAAGCGAAAGAUAAAGCAGACAAAGGCCACAAGGAAGCAAUCUAUGCCUGUUGCAAUGAGACCGUUGCGGAGUCUGCCGGAUGCACCCAGGCGACUACACAUGUGUUCAAGAUUUCAGAGCCAAAGCGGCUAGCCUUAAUAAUGCCUUUCAAGGAGACUCCGCCCAAGGUACUGACGCCGGGGCCCAACAUGGCUGUUUGCCUUGACUGCGAGAUGGGUUACACGACCCUGGGGCUGGAACUGAUUCGUCUUACAGCAACAGCUUGGCCGAAUGGCGAGGAUCUUCUUGAUGUGCUUGUCAGACCCCUGGGCGAGGUUCUGGAUCUAAACUCGCGCUUUUCUGGAGUUUGGCCAAAGGACUACGCGAACGCUUUGUCCUACGAAUGCAUAUCUGUCGAUGAGGAAAAGCCGUCCAAAGGUAGUGAGCAGCGGUUGCGAAUUGUCGAAUCGCCCACCAUUGGCCGCGACCUGCUGUUUGAACAUUUGACACCAGAGACCCCACUAAUUGGGCAUGCGCUGGACAAUGACCUAAACGCUACUCGUAUCAUCCACCCCUCCAUCGUUGAUACCGUCCUCCUGUUUCCUCAUCCCCGCGGUCUCCCCCUUCGGUUCGGUCUCAAAGCGCUCAUGAAAAAGCAUCUUGAUCGAGACGUUCAAAUGGGAGGUGAUCAGGGUCAUGACUCGAAAGAAGACGCACGGGCUGCAGGAGAUUUGGUUAAAUUCAAGGUUAGCGAGAUGUGGAAGACCAUGAAGCGAGAUGGGUGGACGGAAAGGAACACCGAAUUCUUUCCGCCUCUGCCCGGUGGUGCCGGUGCUCCUACUUGA